AUGCCUUCCUUGGUCCAGGAGCCCAAGGUGCAAGGCAGGUUGCUGGUUGUGUCUAAUCGCCUUCCGAUCACGAUCAAACGCUCUGACGAUGGCACAUACGCAUUUUCCAUGUCAUCCGGCGGUCUCGUCACCGGUCUGAGCGGAUUAUCAAAGAGCACUACCUUCCAAUGGUACGGCUGGCCCGGCCUGGAGGUGCCAGAUGCUGAAGCUGGACCCAUGGUGAAGCGACUGAAGGACGAGUAUAGCGCAGUCCCAGUCUUUGUCGAUGAUGAACUUGCAGACAGGCAUUACAAUGGCUUUUCCAAUUCCAUCCUCUGGCCCCUCUUCCACUACCACCCCGGAGAAAUUACGUUCGAUGAGUCGGCAUGGGCUGCAUAUAAGGACGUUAACCGUCUUUUCGCGAAGACAAUGGCAAAAGAUGUACGAGAUGGCGAUUUGAUAUGGGUCCAUGAUUACCAUCUUAUGCUCUUGCCAGAGAUGUUGCGGGAGGAAAUUGGCACGACAAAGAAGAAUGUCAAGAUCGGCUUCUUCCUCCACACCCCGUUCCCGAGCAGUGAAAUAUACAGGAUUCUGCCUGUGCGAGAGGCUCUACUCCUAGGUGUUCUUCACUGCGACCUGAUUGGUUUCCAUACCUACGACUACGCCCGACACUUCUUGAGCAGUUGCUCGAGGAUCUUAGAAACCCCAACAACUCCGAACGGUGUCGAGUUUCGAGGUAAACAUGUUACGGUUGCUGCCUUUCCCAUCGGGAUCGAUCCAGAUAAAUUUGUCGACGCCCUGGAGAAGAAGUCGGUACAAGACCGUAUCGCCGUGCUCGAGCGUAAAUUUGCAGGCGUCAAAUUAAUUGUUGGAGUUGAUCGACUCGAUUAUAUCAAGGGAGUUCCCCAGAAACUGCACGCUCUGGAAGUGUUUUUGACAGAACACCCUGAAUGGAUCGGCAAGAUCGUCUUGGUCCAAGUAGCAGUCCCAAGUCGACAAGAUGUUGAAGAAUACCAGAAUCUUAGAGCUGUCGUCAAUGAGCUCGUUGGAAGAAUCAACGGCAAAUUUGGCACGAUCGAAUUCAUGCCGAUCCACUUCCUUCAUCAGUCCGUCAACUUCGAGGAACUCACAGCGUUAUACGCCGUCUCCGAUGCUUGUCUGGUCUCAUCAACUCGCGACGGCAUGAAUCUUGUCUCCUACGAGUACAUUGCGACUCAGCGGAAGCGACAUGGCGUCAUGAUCCUUUCCGAAUUUACGGGCGCUGCGCAGUCUCUGAACGGUGCGCUCAUUGUCAACCCGUGGAAUACCGAGGAACUCGCUGGCGCUAUUCACGACGCUGUAACGAUGUCUCCUGAGCAGAGAGAAAUCAGCUUCAAGAAACUGGAGAAGUACGUCUUCAAGUAUACGAGUGCCUGGUGGGGCGAGUCAUUUGUGAGCGAGUUGCUCAAAAUCAGUGAUCACGCCGACAAGAAACAAAAGAGGAUCGAGAGUGGUGCUACGGACCCGUCGAAUGAGGUCGCUGACGGUGUUACAACGACAGUCGCUACGUGA